AUGGGAGCACCAAGUAGAAGAGAAAUUGGUCAUGGAAUGCUUGCAGAGAGAGCCCUUGCGCCUAUAUUACCCUCUGAAGCAGACUUUCCUUACACUAUACGUGUUGAGAGUACCAUCACUGAAAGCAACGGCUCAUCAAGUAUGGCAUCAGUUUGUGCGGGAUGCUUAGCAUUGCAAGAUGCUGGGGUGCCAGUAAAGUGCUCUAUUGCUGGAAUAGCAAUGGGUAUGGUUCUGGACACUAAGGAAUUUGGGGGAGAUGGAACCCCGCUUAUCCUUUCUGACAUAACUGGAGCAGAAGAUGCAUCUGGUGAUAUGGAUUUUAAGGUUGCUGGAAAUGGUGAUGGUAUAACCGCAUUCCAGAUGGAUAUAAAGGUUGGAGGAAUUACGUUACAAAUUAUGAGGCAGGCUCUCCUACAAGCAAGAGAUGGCCGGAAGCAUAUUCUUGAUGAGAUGUCAAAAUGCUUGCCUCCUCCUUCAAAAAGUCUUUCUAAAUAUGCUCCUUUGAUUCAUGUUAUGAAGGUCAAACCAGAGAAAAUUAAUCUUAUAAUAGGUUCUGGUGGGAAAAAGGUGAAGAGUAUUAUUGAAGAAACGGGGGUAGAUGCUAUUGACACACAAGACAAUGGAAUGGUGAAAAUAACUGCAAAAGAUUUGUCAAGCCUGGAAAAGUCUAAAGCCAUCAUUAGUAAUCUGACGAUGGUUCCAACUGUUGGUGAUAUAUAUAGGAAUUGCGAGGUUAAAUCCAUUGCUCCUUAUGGAGUGUUUGUUGAGAUAGCGCCUGGCCGAGAGGGACUUUGCCAUAUAAGUGAGCUGAGCCCAGAUUGGCUGGCGAAGGCAGAAGAUGCUUUCAAAGUUGGAGACCAUAUUGAUGUGAAGCUUAUUGAGGUUAGGAAAUUUCUCUCCCUGAUCAAUGAAAAGGGACAACUUCGCCUUAGCCGCCGAGCACUGCUUCCAGAUCCAAAUCCAGAGAAUUCCAGUGUAAAGCAACGUCCAAGUAAUUUUAACAAUAAUACAGCUUCGCAAAAAACUGCUGAUAAGGGUACACCUAAGAAGGUUUUGGGCAUAACAAAGGAUGGUUUAGCAGGAAAUAACAUUGAACACCCCAAGAGUAAAAAUGUUGCUCCAAAACUCACAAAUCCUAUCAAGCAUAAGUCAGCAGAGGACAUUCUGUUUUCAGAGGACAAGGUUGUCAAGAGAUUAGAUAGCUCUGCCAAGGAUGGACCAUAUUUUAACAUGGAUAGGCAAAAGAAGAGCAGCAGAAAACCUGUUAUAAGUAUAUCCAGCAACAAUGAAAAUACAUUAGUAAAUGGAGAGGCCAAAGUAUAG